AUGGACGGAGACGACGACCUGAUGGCCAAGGUCUACCGCAAGAUCGAGCGGGAAAAGGCUCUUAUAAAUGCGGCCACCAACAUGCGUCAAUCAACUGAUAAUCCGCUUGUUCAACAGAGGGUGGAUGCCAAUAUCCGCGAUGGGAGAAAAAACAUCGCAUAUCUAGAAGAGAAGAUGAGAGAGCUUCAGAUUCGGAAGAUGAACCGCGAAAGCGCCCACCAACCCGGUUCUCCCACCCAGCAGUGGCAACCUGGUGGAGGCCCACCUCCUCCCCCUAAAGACGGUGCUCAGUACCCUUCCGAUAGGGGUUACACCCAAGGCGGUUCGGGCUCUAUGGCCGGUCAGGCCCAAUUCCAUGACCCCAGACCCGGUGGCGCGCCAAAAGCAAGGCCAAAUUUUAGCAAGCUAGAUUUGAUCAAAUACGAUACCCCUUACCUUGGCCCCAAGAUUCAACUUAUGCUCUCUCAACUAGAAUUCAAAUUGAGCGUCGAAAAACAAUAUAAAGCUGGAAUUGAGAAAAUGGUUAGACUUUAUCAGGACGAGGGUGAUCGAAAGAGCAGGGCUGAUGCCGAGGGAAGGCGGAUUGAAAGCAACCAAAAGAUUCAACUAUUAAAGCAAGCCUUGAAAAGAUACGAAGAUUUACAUGUGGAUAUUGAGAGUGCAGACAGUCCUGACGGCAAGUCAAUUGUGGAACUAUUGUACUCUGGUAUGAAAACUGACUCUCAUGCGUUUGCAGAUGAGAGUUUGAAUUCUCCCAAUAUCCGAAAACCGCUAACUGGCCAUCUUGCAAUGCGUAUCCAUGCUGUGAAAGAUGUUGACCAUGCUGCUGGCUCGAGGUUCUCCAGAGGGCCGGAGACAUUCGUUAUCAUGAAAGUUGAAGAUGCUAUUAAGGCAAAGACAAAGGCGACCCGUACCGAUAAAUGGCCGGAAGAGACCUUCAAUAUUGACAUCGAUAAAGCCAACGAAAUAGAACUUACAGUGUAUGACAAAAGUGGAGAUCGUCCAACACCAAUUGGUAUGCUUUGGAUACGUUUAUCGGAUAUUGCCGAAGAGAUGCGUCGCAAAAAGAUUGAGACAGAAUUCAAUGCUUCGGGUUGGGUAUCAGCCGAUAAAAUGGAACAAGGGAGCGGGAGACCAGACUCCCUAUUCCAGAGUAGUCUUCCUCCAGAUCCUCAUCCUAACCAAGGAAAUCAAACUGGCCAAGGCGCAACGGUUAUGAUCGACUCCUGGUUUGCUCUAGAACCUGUCGGCAGGAUCCAUCUUACCAUGAGUUUUGCCAAACAGCUGAAAGAUCGAAGACCCUUUGAUAUCGGCCUCAAUCGACAAGGCGCUGUCCGCCAAAAGAAAGAAGAGGUUCAUGAGAAGCAAGGACACAAAUUCGUCACACAGCAAUUCUACAAUAUCAUGCGGUGUGCUCUUUGUGGAGACUUUUUGAAAUACGCUGCUGGCAUGCAGUGUUCUGAUUGCAAGUACACUUGUCAUCGGAAAUGUUACCCUAAAGUGGUGACAAAGUGUAUCAGCAAGGCAAAUUAUGAAACAGACCCUGACGAAGAGAAAAUCAACCACCGUAUACCACAUAGAUUCGAGUUUUUUUCAAACAUUUCGGCGAACUGGUGCUGCCAUUGUGGUCUUUUACUUCCUUUUGGCAGAAAGAACGCGAAAAAGUGCUCCGAAUGUGGACUCACCUGCCAUGCUCAAUGCGCCCAUCUUGUUCCUGAUUUUUGUGGCAUGUCGAUGGAAGUCGCUAACCAAAUUCUCGAAACACUAAUCAAGACUAAAAAUUACAAUAGAGCGGGCGGUGCAAUGGCUGCUAAAACUCUUCGGCCUGGAAGUAAGCAAUCCAGUGAGGCUCAAAGGCCCACUGACUCCAGAUAUAGCCAAGCAAAGCCUGUAUCUACAGAUGCCAUUAGUGCUGCCCAUACAUCUUACACCACCCCACAAUCCGGACCUUCUGGCCGGCCCCCUACUACAGCUACAAAUGCUGCAGCUGCUGCGGCUGCGGCUGCAACUGGAAUGCGGCCUCCGUCUCAGCAAACAGGCCUUUAUGACCGCUCAUCUACAGACUACACCAAUUCGAGGCCGUCUUAUUUGGAGUCUCAAGCCCAAUCGAUGCCUCCGGCUCACGCGCACUACGAUCCAAGUGCGUACGCAAGUGUAAAUGCUUUCGGACAGCCACCUCAGCUGCCCCCAAUUCAAGUGUCUCAACAAAUUCCUCCUCAGUACGGGAUGUCUCAGCAAACCCCCAUUUCUACCCAGCCACCUCAAGGCCAAUUUGCUUCGAAAGAGCAGAUUCAGCCUUCUGCUGCAGCUCAGCAGCCACCAAAGCGCGUUGGAUUAGAUCAUUUUAACUUCUUGGCUGUUCUAGGAAAGGGUAAUUUUGGAAAGGUUAUGCUUGCUGAGACUAAAACAACCAAGAAGCUUUACGCUAUUAAAGUGCUGAAAAAGGAGUUUAUCAUCGAAAACGAUGAAGUUGAGAGCACAAAGUCAGAGAAACGAGUAUUCUUGGUUGCGAAUAAAGAACGACAUCCAUUCCUACUUAAUUUGCACGCAUGUUUUCAAACCGAGACUCGUGUGUAUUUGGUGAUGGAAUAUAUCAGUGGUGGUGAUUUAAUGUUGCAUAUUCAACGUGGACAGUUCGGAUUGAAGCGAGCACAAUUUUAUGCUGCUGAGGUUUGCUUGGCACUUAAAUACUUUCACGAGAACGGUGUCAUAUAUCGCGACUUGAAACUUGAUAACAUUCUACUAACAUUGGAUGGGCACAUAAAAAUUGCCGAUUAUGGUCUGUGUAAGGAAAAUAUGUGGUAUGGUUCCACGACCAGCACAUUCUGUGGCACUCCGGAGUUUAUGGCUCCUGAGAUUUUGUUGGAUAAGAAAUAUGGACGGGCCGUUGAUUGGUGGGCUUUUGGGGUUCUCAUUUACCAAAUGCUACUUCAGCAGUCGCCUUUCCGAGGAGAAGAUGAGGACGAAAUAUAUGAUGCCAUUUUAGCAGACGAACCCCUUUACCCUAUCCAUAUGCCUCGAGAUUCGGUCUCCAUAUUGCAAAAACUGUUGACCCGUGAGCCGGAAUUACGAUUAGGAUCUGGCCCAACUGACGCACAAGAAAUCAUGUCACACGCAUUUUUCCGCAACAUCAACUGGGAGGAUAUCUAUCAUAAACGAAUAAGUCCUCCAUUCUUCCCAACAAUAACAAGUCCUACGGAUACAAGCAACUUUGACCAAGAAUUUACGAGCGUGACUCCUGUUCUCACCCCCGUGCAAUCUGUUCUCUCCCAAGCAAUGCAAGAAGAAUUCCGUGGCUUUUCUUAUUUUGCAGACUUCGUUUAG